CUGAUCAUAAACCGCGACAUCGUUUCCGCUGACAUAGAGUCUUUCGAGUACACUCCCAAAGAAGAAUACAAAGGACUAUUUCGCAUUUUCAAUGAAGCAGACGAGGAAGCAACGAUUAGAAGGUUUUUACAACACAUCCUUGAAGUGAAGCCAAAUGUGAUUGUAACUUAUAACGGAGACUUCUUCGAUUGGCCUUUUGUCGAAGCAAGAGCUCGCAUACGUGGUAUAGAUAUGGAGGAUGAGAUUGGCUUUGCAAAAGAUUCAGCGGAUGAGUACAAAAGCAGAAAUUGUAUACACAUGGAUGCCUUCAGAUGGGUUAAGCGAGACUCGUAUCUUCCUGUUGGUAGUCAGAAUUUGAAAGCUGUCGCCAAAGCUAAGUUGCGCUACGAUCCCGUUGAAGUGGAUCCAGAAGAAAUGUGUAAAAUGGCUAGGGAAGAUCCGCAGAGUCUUGCGAAUUAUUCGGUUUCUGAUGCUGUUGCGACCUACUAUCUCUACAUGAAGUAUGUCCACCCAUUCGUUUUCGCGUUGUGUACGAUCAUUCCAUUGGGACCAGAUGAUGUCCUCCGCAAGGGCUCAGGAACUCUAUGUGAAGCGUUGCUUAUGGUGGAAGCUUUUCAUAACAAUAUCAUCUUCCCAAACAAGUUCACUGGAGAUGGAGAGGCCAAAAUGACAAAGGAUGGACAUCGUGUUGAGUCCGAGACCUACGUUGGCGGGCAUGUUGAGGCCCUGGAAGCAGGUGUUUUCCGCGCAGAUAUUCCAUGCAAGUUCCGGCUCUCACCUGCCGCUUUGAAAACUCUAAGAGACUCUGUACCUGACACUAUCGAAAAGGAACUGAUCCGAGAGUUUGGCAUUCCACUUGAAAAUGUAGUAGACUUUGAGGAGAGGUGUGCCGAGAUUCAAGAGGUAUUUGACCAUCUGCUGGCCAUUCCAGCUAGAAUGGAAAACCCGCGAAUCUACCAUUUGGAUGUUGGAGCAAUGUAUCCGAAUAUCAUCCUCACCAAU